GAGGCAGCAACUUUCCUCAGCCGGUCUCGGCUCCGGGAGCAGGAGCGCGCUGAUCCUCCGCGGUCUGCGGCCCAUGGAGGAGGAGGAGGAGGAGCAGUGAUGGGCUAGCGGCAGAAGCGAGGAGCCGGGAGCCAGCCCAGCGCCGCCAGCCAGCUCCUUGUUCCCACGCCCGCUCCCUCGAUCUCUCUCCGCCGGGAGCGUGCAGGGUGCCGACGCCGAGCCUCCCGGGGAGGAUGAGGCAGGGAGCCGGCCCGAGCGGGCUGCAUCUCGCGGGCGUGCGGCCGCGGCUGGGUCUCGGCAGGAAUUAAGAAGCUGGGAAGAUGGAGCGCCGCGCACUCGUCGCCCAGCCCGGGCUCUGGACCAGAGACGCCAGCUGGGCACUCGUCUAUUUCCUCUGCUACGUCCUCCCCCAGACCGCCCCGCAAGUACUCAGGAUCGGAGGGAUUUUUGAAACUGUGGAAAACGAACCUGUUAAUGUUGAAGAAUUAGCAUUCAAGUUCGCAGUCACCAGCAUCAACAGAAAUCGAACCCUGAUGCCUAACACCACAUUAACCUAUGACAUCCAGAGAAUUAACCUUUUUGAUAGUUUUGAAGCCUCGCGGAGAGCCUGUGACCAGCUGGCUCUUGGUGUGGCUGCUCUCUUUGGCCCAUCCCACAGUUCCUCUGUCAGUGCUGUGCAGUCGAUUUGCAAUGCUCUCGAAGUUCCACACAUACAAACCCGCUGGAAACACCCCUCCGUGGACAACAAAGACUUGUUUUACAUCAACCUGUACCCAGAUUAUGCAGCGAUCAGUAGGGCAGUCCUGGAUCUGGUGCUCUACUAUAACUGGAAAACAGUGACGGUGGUGUACGAAGACAGCACAGGUCUCAUUCGUCUGCAAGAGCUCAUCAAAGCUCCCUCUAGAUAUAACAUUAAGAUCAAAAUCCGCCAGCUGCCCUCUGGGAAUAAAGAUGCCAAGCCUUUGCUCAAGGAGAUGAAGAAGGGCAAGGAGUUCUAUGUGAUAUUUGAUUGUUCACAUGGAACAGCUGCAGAAAUCCUUAAGCAGAUUCUGUUCAUGGGCAUGAUGACUGAGUACUAUCACUACUUUUUCACAACCCUGGACUUAUUUGCUUUAGAUCUGGAACUCUAUAGGUACAGUGGUGUAAACAUGACUGGGUUUCGGCUGCUUAAUAUUGACAACCCUCAUGUGUCCUCCAUCAUUGAGAAGUGGUCCAUGGAGAGACUACAGGCCCCCCCCAGGCCGGAGACUGGCCUCUUGGAUGGCAUGAUGACAACCGAAGCAGCUCUGAUGUAUGAUGCGGUGUACAUGGUAGCCAUUGCCUCCCAUCGGGCUUCCCAGCUGACCGUCAGCUCCUUGCAGUGUCAUCGACACAAACCAUGGCGUCUUGGACCCAGAUUUAUGAACCUAAUCAAAGAGGCCCGGUGGGAUGGUCUGACUGGGCGUAUCACCUUCAAUAAAACUGAUGGCUUGAGGAAGGAUUUUGAUCUGGACAUUAUUAGUCUCAAAGAAGAAGGAACUGAAAAGGCUGCUGACGAAGUGUCUAAACACUUAUAUAAAGUGUGGAAGAAGAUUGGGAUUUGGAACUCCAACAGUGGGCUUAACAUGACCGAUGGCAAUAAAGACAGGUCCAACAAUAUCACUGAUUCACUGGCCAACCGGACACUCAUCGUCACCACCAUUUUGGAAGAACCCUAUGUGAUGUACAGGAAAUCUGAUAAGCCUUUAUAUGGAAAUGACAGAUUCGAAGGUUAUUGCCUGGACCUGUUGAAGGAAUUGUCCAACAUCUUGGGUUUCAUUUAUGACGUCAAACUUGUCCCUGAUGGCAAAUACGGAGCACAGAAUGACAAAGGAGAGUGGAAUGGCAUGGUUAAAGAACUUAUAGAUCAUAAGGCUGAUCUGGCAGUGGCUCCGCUUACCAUUACCUAUGUUCGGGAGAAAGUCAUUGACUUCUCCAAACCCUUCAUGACACUGGGCAUCAGCAUUCUCUACAGGAAGCCCAAUGGUACCAAUCCGGGAGUCUUCUCCUUCCUCAAUCCCCUGUCUCCUGACAUUUGGAUGUAUGUGCUCUUAGCCUGCCUGGGAGUCAGUUGUGUACUCUUUGUGAUUGCAAGGUUUACACCUUACGAAUGGUAUAACCCCCACCCAUGCAACCCUGACUCAGACGUGGUGGAAAACAAUUUUACUUUACUAAAUAGUUUCUGGUUUGGAGUUGGAGCUCUCAUGCAGCAAGGAUCAGAGCUGAUGCCUAAAGCUCUAUCGACCAGAAUAGUUGGAGGGAUAUGGUGGUUUUUCACCUUAAUCAUCAUUUCAUCCUACACUGCCAAUCUGGCUGCCUUCCUGACAGUAGAGAGAAUGGAAUCCCCCAUAGAUUCAGCCGAUGAUCUGGCAAAGCAAACCAAGAUAGAAUAUGGGGCGGUAAGAGAUGGAUCAACAAUGACCUUCUUCAAGAAAUCAAAGAUAUCCACCUAUGAGAAGAUGUGGGCUUUUAUGAGCAGCAGGCAACAGACUGCCCUGGUUAAAAAUAGUGAUGAAGGAAUCCAGCGAGUACUCACCACUGACUACGCCCUGCUGAUGGAGUCCACCAGCAUUGAGUAUGUGACACAGAGAAACUGCAACCUCACUCAGAUUGGGGGCCUCAUUGACUCCAAAGGUUACGGAGUGGGAACACCUAUCGGCUCUCCUUACCGGGAUAAAAUCACUAUUGCUAUUCUUCAGUUACAAGAAGAGGGCAAGCUGCAUAUGAUGAAAGAGAAGUGGUGGCGGGGGAAUGGCUGCCCCGAGGAGGACAACAAAGAGGCCAGUGCUCUGGGAGUAGAAAAUAUUGGGGGCAUCUUCAUUGUUCUGGCUGCUGGACUGGUCCUUUCUGUAUUUGUAGCCAUUGGGGAAUUCAUAUACAAAUCACGGAAGAACAAUGAUAUUGAACAGUGUCUCUCUUUCAAUGCCAUCAUGGAAGAACUGGGAAUCUCACUCAAAAAUCAGAAAAAGCUAAAGAAAAAGUCAAGAACUAAGGGGAAAUCUCCCUUCACAAGUAUCCUUACUUGCCAUCAGAGACGAACUCAGAGGAAAGAGACUGUGGCAUAAUCCAAGAACACAUCAACAGGCAGUUUUCAGAAAAAAAAAAAAAAAAAGGAUAUGCUCACUACAGGUUUUGGGAGGAAGGAUUCCUGACAAGUGCGUGAUGUGUUUCCAUGUAUCUAUAUAUAUAACUAUGGUUAUAUAUAGAGAUAUAAGAAAUACAAAAGUUUAAGAAGCUCACAGAGACAGAUAGUACUUGGGAAGUGGCACUGGUUCUUUUGAAAUGAAUUUGUAUGCUCACUUAU